AUGAUGCCCGUUUGUUUCAAGCAUCAACUGCUGCAGCCGCCGCUGGCGCUGCAGCAGCAGCUGCAGCAGCAGCUGCAGCAGCGGAGUCUUCCGCAGCAGCCGUUGCUGCAGAGGCAGCAGCAGUUGCUGCAAGCCCAGCAGCACGUGAGUCAUGUGUUGACACUGCGGCGGCAGCAGCACAGCAGCGCGGCGGCGUUUUGCUCCUCAGAGCCGCCUCAUCAACACCGAGAACAACAUUUACAGCAGCAGCAGCACCAGCAGCAGCAUUUACAGCAGCAGCAGCAGUCACAGCAGCAGCAGCAGCAGCAAGUGCACCGGACGCGACAACGCAUGCGUGGAGGAACGAAAGCCCCACUUGCAGACGAGGUGGUGCUGGACCCUAAAGUCAAGAACUUCCUGAAGUGCUGUCUGCUGCUGCCAGCACGGCCACGGCGUCUGCCGCUGCAGCUAUUGCUGAAGAACCUGCGCCCGCUUCUGCAGCAGAUGCAGCUGCAGCAGCAGCAGCAGCAGCAAGCAGUUACACUGCCGGUGCUCCUCAGGCGGCAGCAGCACCACCGGAAGCAGCAGCAUUCUGUCCUAGCUCUCGUACCACGACUGGCGCCUCCUGGUGCUGGGGGAGGUGUGAAGCAGCUGCUGCAGAACAGCAGCAGCAACAGCAGCACUAUUCAGCAGCUGCCUCAGAACAGCAGCAGCAGCAGCAGCACCGCCAUUCGUCAGCCGCCGCAGAACAGCAGCAGCAGCAGCAUCAUUCAGCAGCUGCCGCAGAACAGCAGCAGCAGCAUCAUUCAGCAGCUGCCGCAAAACAGCAGCAGCAGCAGCACCAUGCAGCAGCACAUGCAGCAGGUAGAGCCGAAGCCCACGCUGCGGCUGCGAACAGGCACCCCGCCGCUCCAGGAGCUGCUGCUGCAACUGCCACAGCAGCAGCAGCAGCAGCACCAGUUGGGGAUGCUGCAGCAACAGCGCGAGAGACAGAAGGCGGUGCUGCACCUUGGGUGGAGGGUGCUGCUGCAGCAUCUUGCUGCUCACGAAGAUAUGGGCCUCUCUGAGGUGUACAGGCAGCUCCGCUGCUGCGAACGAUUUCGGGAGACGGACCCUGCAUUGCUGCUGUUGCUGCUGCGGCGCGCCAGGCGCAUAGACGCAGAUUCUGCUGCAGUGCGCCACCUUGCGGGCAUAAUUGGCUGCCUUUCCCGAAUGCACAUUCUCACAGCUGCUGCUGCCGGGGAUUCAUCUGCUGCUGCUGCUGCUGCUGAGGCCGCUGCUGCCGCGACAGCGCAAAGCGGCAGACGGGCUGCAGCUGAGUUGGCAUGCAGCAGCACGUCCGCAGGCCCUGUUGCACCAGAAGCAGCAGCAGCUGCUGCUGUUGCCCCCUAUGCUGGCAGCGCUUCAGUGCCUGAAACUGAGCUGUUGUUGCACCAGCUUCCGCCGCAGCUUUGUGUCUCUCCGUUUGCGGCCGACACAAUCUGCAGCGUCGCUGCGGCCAGCGGCUGCGGAGCUGCAGCAGCAGCUGUCAAGGUCUAUGAGCUGCUGCACAAGGAGGCAGUUCUGCUGCUGCAGCAAACAGCUGAAGCUCUGCCUCUGGCGCUGCUAGAGGGCCGAGCUGGGGGACAGGAGAUUGGGCUUAUUUGCGAAGGCCUUGCCGCAGCACGGCUGCGGAACAAUCAGUUAGAGCGUUACUUGCUGCUGUGGCUGUGCCCUUCCCUUUCAAGUGCGCUGGCUGUAGACCAAGACCCGUUCGCGCGCGAGUUCGCCCCACGCAUGCAGCAGCAGCAACAACAGCAGCAGCAGCAGGAGCCUCUGGUGCCGCUCACCGCCCAGCAUCUGCUGUCUGUUCUUAAAUGGAUGGCGCCGCUGCGUGAAGCAUCACAGCAGCGGCAACAGCAGCAGUGGCAGGCGCACCAAGUAGACCCAUGUUCGUCCGAGACAGCAGCAAUAGCAGCAGCAAGAGCAGCGGCGAAUGCAGCAGCUGCAUCAAUUGGCGACCCAAUGGCUGUUCAGCCAGCUGUGUGGCUUGCAGCGUGGCGGCAGCUACUUCUGCGGCUGCUGCACUCUCUUCCAUUGCUGCAGCUGCAGCACCGCCUGGCACUGCUGCAGACAACAGCAGCAGCAGCAGACACAUCUCUGCGUUUGCCUCUUGAGUCUGUAUUGGACUGGGUUGCGAGAGAGGGUGCAGAGGAGCUGUCUCUGCAGCAGCAGCAGUUGGUGCUCGCUGCUGCUGCUGUCGGAGCCCCGGCAGCAGCAGCAGCAAUCCCAGCAGCAGCAGCAGCACUAAGAGCAGUUCUUAGCGUCUGCAAGGCACUGCCGCGCUCGCUGCUGCUACAGCGCCACAGAGCGGAGACGCUCCCUGCAGCGACACCGUCGACUGCAACAGCGGCAGCAGCAGCAGCACCAGCCUUGUCGGACACACUGCAUGCCCUUCUGCUGCACUUGCCACGCGCUGCCUUAGCAACGGCGUCGGCAGCAGCAGCAGCAACAGCAGCAGCUGGAGCCGAAGACCCAACAGGUGGGCGAGCCACAGCGUCAUCGUAUGCUCCUGAGAACGUUGAAGGCUCAUUAGCAAUAGGGAGAGCAGCAGCAGCAGCAACCCCAGCAGCAGCAGCAGCAAUGCUACAUGCGGCACACAGCGCGUUUGAGCUAGCGUCUCAUCAAGUGCUUCGGACCCUCAGACACGUCUCAGAGGAUCUGCUGCUGGCAGCAGCAGAGGGAUUGCGGGGCCAGCUGCUGGUAUGGGCGCAGCUGAAGCAGCAGCAGCAGCAGCAGGGAGGCCUGCUGCAGCCUCGGGAUGCAUGCAGUGGGAGUUGGAAACUGCUGCUGGGGCUGGCGGCUGAAGGAAGUCGUAGAGCAGAGCAGCGGUUGCUGCAGCAAAGAACACAGGAGCUGUUGCUGCUACACUGCAGCGAAGCAGCGAGUGCGUGGCCGUUGCAGCUACGUCCAGCCCUGCAGCAGCGGCAGCAGCAGCAGCAGCAGCAGCAGCUCUACGGCGACUGCAUGCGCUUGCUAGAGUGUCACCAGCAACAUCUUCUUGGGCUAACUGUGCCCCGCACAGCACUAGAAGCAUCAGAGCCAGAGGGAACAGCAGCAACAGCAGCAACAGCAGCACAAGCAACAAAGAGAAAACGCAGUGUGUCUCUCGCUGCACUUGCUCGGCUGUCUCUGAUUGCUGCAAGGCUCGACGCCUUUAGACGGAAAAGCUGCAGCAGUAGCAGCACAGAGCUGCAGCAAACCGUGCAGCAGCAGCUAGAACAACCACGGCAGCAAAUGCUGCAGACACUGCAGCAGCGCGCUGCGGACAAGCUGCUGCAGUCCGCCGCGCUGCUGAGGAAGCAGCAGCAAGCAGUGCAGCUCUCAGCCGCAGUGCACUGCAAAAAGCAGCAGCAGCAGGAACACGAGGGGCAGCAGGAACACGAGGGGCCGCAGCAGCAGCUACAAGGGAAGCAGCAGCAGCAACAACACCACGAGCUGCACAAGGUACCUGGUACAGCAGCACAGCUUUUGCAUGCAUUAAGCAGCAUCGCCAGUUCUGUGCGGUUGUUGCUGAGGUGUUUGCACACCUCACGGUGGCAUCUGGACCCACGUUUUGCGGAGUCAGUGCUAGAGCUGCUGACCAUCAGAGCAGCAGCAGCUACUGCAACAGCAGCAGCAGCAGCAACAGCCGCCUCUGCUGCUGCGGUGAGGGACAAAGGAAAAGCUGGAAAUGUUGCAGACGGUGCACUUGCAGCAGACUUGUCUUUAUUCGUUGCGCUGCUGAGGCAGCAGCUCGAGAGGCAGGCCGCAGCGGAAACACAGCAAGCAGCAGCAGCAACAGCAACAGCAGCAGCAAAAUUAGAAGCAGCAGCACCAGGAAAGGGCAACACGGGAUUGGCGUGUCCCUCUGGCGAUGUGGCCGCCAGACUCUUGCGGUGUAUGGACGGCGUGCUAAAUUUGCUGUCAGCACUGCGGCGGCGACGGCAGCAACUGCAGCAGCAGCACCAAGAACAGCAGCAGCAGCAGCAGGCGGAAGUGGUGCAGCAGCAACAGCGGGACGUGCAAAGUGCUAUUACAGAAGGGGCUUGGCAAUGGCCUAGUCUCGACCAGCUUGCUGCUAUCUUGCUAGCAGCUGAGUGGAGGCUGCUGCACGCAGCAACUCCACCAGCAGUAGCAGAAACAGCAACAGCAAAGGCACUAGCAGGAAUGGCAGCAUCAAUAGAAAAGGAAAUCUUCUGUGGCGCAUCAGUAGCUCAAGCAGUAUCACCAGGUGCUGCAGCAGCAGCUAGCGCGGGACCAGCUGUUGCAACAGCCCAAGAAGUCUUUGAGGCGGCGUGGCGCUUGCUGCUGCAGCAAGUAGCAUCACCUGGCGGCAGCAGCAGCAGCAAGGACAGCUGCACCAUACUUCCUUUGCCUCCUGAGGUUUAUCGAGACUUUGAGACGGCUUUCCAAAGCUACAGGGUAGCAGCAAAUCAUCCGCAUGCGCAGCUACUGCCGGAAUCUUUUGCUGCUGUUGCUGCUGCAGAUGCUGUGGAACCCAACAGUCUCAUAACUGCAGCAACAACUGAUCCUGGCAUAGAGGACAGUGUGUUUCCCCUACUGCAACGGAUGCGCGCAACAGCAGCAGCAGCAGCUGCUGCUGCUGCUGCUGCACCUGAGGCGAAGAUAGCAAGCCAACACUCCGCAAUUCUCAGUUUGAAUGAGAAGGCCCAGCUGCAGCAGCAGCAGCAGCACGUGCUGCAGCUGCCAUGCGCCCCAUCCACCUUCCAUUCCUACCGGCUGCGCCUGUGGGUUGCUGCCAGUGGACAGCACCUGUACGAGCAGAAAGGGAAGCAGCAGGAGCAGCAGCAACAGCAGCAGCAACGGCAACAGCAGGAGCAGCGGCAGGAGCAGCAGCAAAAGCCGCAACAAGGCCGCCCUAGGCACUGGCUGGCCCGCACCCCUCUUGAUGUAGACUUGUCUUCUUUGCUUCAUCGUUACGUCAGCUAG